CCUAUUUCUACAACUUCUCAUUUUAAACUGUGAUUUUGAAUCUAGCCUAAACCAAACUGCUAACAUUAUGCCUAACCGGAAAUUAAGACCGGAUAUAUAUUUAUUUGUAUGCAUUUUUACGUUAUUGACUUUGUGGCUGUGGUAACUAGAGGAAACCUUCGGUAUCUUUCAAAAACAAAGAUUUUUUUAUGUCAUUCGAGAUAAUAAAUGCUCACUUUUAAGGCACAUAGUGACUGCGGCCUGGUUUCGAGAGAAUAAUUAAUUCAUAUAGUUUGGGACUAUGAUAUAGUUUGCAUCGGCACAAUUGGGCAGUCAAAUAUUAUGAAGAUAGAGGUGGCGUAUUUCAGCUAAAGCUUGGCAGUGAAACGACUUUUUAUAAAAAUGGCGUCGACCAAUGCAACCUGUCCCAUAGUAUAGUAAACUCACAUGUAACGUGGUACAUUUGUUGCUACAUUUAUCGAGCAGACUUUUCCCCAAACAGAAAUGUUUGUCGCUCGAAGUAUUGCAGCGGACCACAAGGAUCUUAUUCAUGAUGUUUCAUAUGAUUUCCAUGGCCGGAGAAUGGCAACUUGCUCUAGUGACCAAAGUGUCAAGGUGUGGGACAAGAGUGACAACGGAGAGUGGAACUGCACUGCCAGCUGGAAGACCCAUAGUGGAUCAGUAUGGAGGGUGACCUGGGCCCAUCCAGAGUUUGGUCAGGUGCUGGCCUCCUGCUCCUUCGACCGGACCGCUGCUGUGUGGGAGGAGAUCGUUGGGGAGUCCAAUGACAAACAGCGAGGACUCAGUCACUGGAUCAAGAGGACCACUCUGGUGGACAGCAGAACGUCGGUGACUGACGUGAAGUUUGCUCCUAAACACAUGGGUCUGAUGCUGACCACGUGCUCAGCAGAUGGGGUUAUGAGGGUCUACGAGGCUCCAGACGUGAUGAACCUCAGCCAGUGGUCCCUGCAACAGGAGAUCUCCUCUAAACUCAGCUGCUCCUGUAUCUCCUGGAGCCCCUCCAGUUCCCGUGCCCACGCCCCCAUGAUAGCAGUGGGCUCUGAUGACAGCAACACAGCAUACAGCGGGAAAGUUCACAUCUAUGAAUACAUUGAAAACACAAGGAAGUAUGCUAAGGCAGAAAAUCUGAUGACGGUGACGGAUCCAGUCCAUGACAUUGCCUUUGCUCCCAACUUGGGACGCUCUUUUCACGUGCUCGCCAUCGCCACCAAAGACGUACGCAUCUUCAAGCUGAUACCACUGAGGAAAGAGUCUGCAGUGGGGUCGUCUGGUCCCACUAAGCUGCAGGUUCAGAUCCUGGCCCAGUUUGACAACCACAACUCCCAGGUGUGGAGAGUCUCCUGGAACAUCAGCAGCACCCUGCUUGCCUCCUCAGGGGAUGAUGGCUGUGUCCGGCUCUGGAAAGCCAACUACAUGGAUAACUGGAAGUGUACAGCCAUCCUGAGAGGAGAUGGUAGCCCAGUGGCGGGCUCUUCCAGUCAGGCUGCAGUCCCCAGCACAGCAGGGGGACCACAACAUGUCCUGCUACAAGCAUCCUCCGCUGGAAGAAAGAAAGCUCAGCUGAUACCUGGCUAACGGAGUGGCUUGAUGCUGCUGCUUGUUGCAUGAACACACACACACACACACACACACACACACACACACAGGAAUGGAAAGGGAACUCCCUCACCCUACAGACCAACCUCCCAGAAACACCUCUGAACCCUUUUUUUAUGCUAAUCAAGAACCACACUGACUCCUAGAUCAGGGUUCUAGAUCAAAGUUCCAGGGUGGGUUUAUGUCAAUAUUGACUGUUAUGCUACUGAAUGAAGUAUCCUUUUGGGGUGUACCUGACUGGUUGGUGUUUAUCUGACUGGUUGGGGCAUUAUGGGGGGUCUGAUAUUUUGCUGUAGAACUACAUGGGAGUAUGGGUUUAGGUGUGGUGAGAGAGAGAGAGAGAGAGAGAGAGAGAGAGAGGGGGAACCACUGGUGACAUUGCGGUGGGUUCUAAGACAUAAUGGGUGGGUUUAGGUGUGGUGAGAGAGGGAACCACUGGUGACAUUGCGGUGGGUUCUAAGACAUAAUUUAGAGUAACUUUACAAAAAUGUCUCGGUUUCCCAGAAAUCCAGGUUGGAACAUUCCUGGAAUUAGGAGAGAAUAAACAGGAAAUCCCAGAACCUUUUUUUUUCUUCUUCAAAACCAGGGAACUUGCAACCCUAAGUUUUGCAACCCUAAGUGGGUUCUAGUGAGUUCUAGGUAAUAUUUUGGAGGGUUCUGCAUAAUGUAAAUUACCCUGUGGUUCUGCCUGGUGGAUGAGGUGGUUCUGCCUGACUGACUGACUGGUGGAUGAGGUGGUUCUUACUGACUGACUGACUGGUGGAUGAGGUGGUUCUUACUGACUGACUGGUGGAUGAGGUGGUUCUGCCUGACUGACUGACUGGUGGAUGAGGUGGUUCUGCCUGACUGACUGACUGGUGGAUGAGGUGGUUCUGACUGACUGGUGGAUGAGGUGGUUCUGACUGGUGGAUGAGGUGGUUCUGCCUGGCUGACUGGUGGAUGAGAAGACAACGUCUGAGACUAACGUUAAAAUCUUUGGGGCGAUGAAUAAUUUAUGAAAAGCAAUUAAUUCUGUAUAAUAAAGUUUGUUUAAUCCAGUGUU